AUGUUGCUCCGAGACAGCAUGUCUGCUCCCUGGUUCAGUUUGCCCGGAAACAAGGUUUAUGUUCACCCAGAAUCACCAAACACUGGAGCACACUGGAUGAGGCAAGAAAUAUCAUUCGGAAAACUGAAGCUAACCAACAACAAGGGCGCAAAUAACAACAAUACUCAGAUGAUCGUCAUGCAGUCUCUGCACAAGUACCAGCCGCGGCUGCACAUCGUGGAGGUGACGGAGGAUGGUGUGGAGGACAUGAGCAACGAAGCUAAAACACAGACCUUCACUUUCCCUGAAAACCAGUUCAUCGCUGUAACGGCUUACCAGAACACAGACAUCACACAGCUCAAGAUCGACCACAACCCCUUCGCAAAAGGCUUCAGAGACAAUUAUGAUUCGAUGUACACGGCUCCAGAGAGCGACAGACUGACGCCCUCUCCUACUGAUUCUCCGCGGUCGCACCAGAUUGUCCCCGGCGCCCGCUAUGCAAUGCAGCCCUUCUUCCAAGACCAGUUUGUAAACAACCUGCCGCAAAACCACCGCUUCUACGCCAGCGAGCGCGCUGUGCCACAGACCAACGGCCUGCUUUCUCCUCAGAUCGAAGACUCUGCUGCAGGCUCGGCUUCGGCUCAGCGCUGGUUCGUGGGGCCCGUUCAGCAAAGCGGGGUGUCUGGUAAACUGGACCUGUCCUAUGAGAGCGAGUACUCGGCCUCCAGCCUCCUGCCGUAUGGCAUCAAGCCGCUUCCGCUGCAGAGUCCGCAUGCACUCAGCUAUUACCCCGACUCGGCCUUCGCUUCCAUGGCGGCCGGCUGGAGCAGCAGAAGUUCGUAUCCGAGGAAGAUGACCACCGGCUUGCCUUGGUCGCCCCGGCCGAGCCCUCCGGCAUACACUGAUGACCUGCUGUCCUCUAAAGACAAGCUGCAGGACGAGAGCUCCACGGCGGCCCCCACGACUGGCAGCACCGGCCCCUGGAUGGAGGUCCCGCCGGUGCUGAAGGCUGUAGAUUCGGGGGACACCAGCGGAUACUUGAUGGCGUGUAAAAGGCGACGCGUUUCGCCUGGAGGCUCCAGUACAGACGCUUCACCUAGUAUAAAGUGUGAGGACUUGAGCUCUGAGGAGUACAAUAAAGAGAGCCAUAAAGCCAUGGGUUAUUACGCCUUCUACACAAGCCCUUAAGAACUGCUUAUUGGGGUCGACUCUCUCUCUAUCUCUUUCUUUAUUUUGUUUGAAGUGAUCUGCCCAUGUUGUGUUUUUAAUCUUUUAAUCUGCAAGUGCCAAAGCUUUCGUGCUCCUGGUUGUGCUUGUUCAUUUUUUUUGCUCAUUUGUGAAACAUGCUUCAUUUUAAUGGGGUUUUUACUUUGGAUUCUUUUUAAAGCAUGCCCUUCAUUCUUUUUAAUCAUAUUUUUCUAUGAAGCCUGAUGUGAUUUUUUUCCUUUUAUUUAAGAUCCCUCUGUUGUACAGUAUUUGUGCACUUUAGAUUGUGAUGUAUCUUGUACAAAUGUUCUCAUGGCACUGUUAUGAAAGG